CUAUCGAGCACAGUAGUGGUGGAAUUCUGGGGAAGAUGACUUUGCCAGUUGGAAUGCACCGCCAUGCUUUCUGUUAUGACGAUGCAAUUGAUGACCCAACACCUAUGACACCACCUGAUUCUGACAUGGGCAGGAAAGUGUUGUGGAAGCAGCCAGUCAUCCCUGAACGCAAGUACCAAGUAUUGUCAAAGAAACUGAAAAUGCAGAGUGGAGAGGCUGGCAAAGAUGAAAGAUCGUCAUCUGCACAAUCCACACCAAGCAGCACACCCCAGUCAUCCCCCAAGCAGAAACGCAGAGGCUGGUUCAGUCAGGGAUCCACCACAUCACUCCCUGGAAUUGAACAUACUUCCACUGAUCCUGGAAUUACUGAAGGGACAUCUUCAGACAAAUGGAACAUUUUUGGACCACGAGCUAUUCAGAAAUCAGCUAGUGUUGAUCCAGUUGGCUUUGCAGUACAGUCAUACAAGGGUGCCCAGAAGCCAACUCCAAUGGAGCUGAUGCGUGCCCAGGCCACAAGGAUUGCAGAGGACCCUGCCAACUUCAGACCCCCGAAGAUGGACAUUUCAGUUACAGAAGUGCAGAAGCCAUCUGCCCGUGCCCACAACCUCAAACCCCGGGACAUUAAUGUUCUGGCCCCUUCUGGCUAUUGAAGUCUUUUGAAUUUUGAGUAUGGCGUGUAAGCUCAAAUAGUAAUUUGCCUCCAUAAGACAGGGAUUUUGCAGGUGGCUCUUUCAAGCCUAGAUUGUAGUUACAGCUUUUCUAAGCCAAAGUUUCCACCUUGGUAUAUGCAGAUUAUUAUUUUUAAUAUGAAAUGAAAGGUUAGCCUUUAUUCACUGCUUUACAUGUGUAAGUAAUAUUAUGUCAUGAGGAAAGGCUUUUUUUCUGUUUUAUAUCCAUGUUCACAAAAUUCCUUUGGAGUCUGGACUGUAUACAUUUUACAUAUGUGAAGUACUGUAAUCUUUUUUUUUUUUUUUUUUUUUUUUUUUGCAUACAAGUGACCAUUGUUACAGUAUACAUUUUUGUGAGAACAUUGUACCUGCACAGAUGGAGUGAAGGAGCUUAAUGUUUUAUAGUAGGAUUGUGCUGCACAUGCAUUUCAAGGAACUGAAGCAAAAGAACCACUGUAUGUCUCUGUUGUCCUUAAAAAAAGUCUUCAUUGCACAUUCCACUCAUCUUAAGUGAAAACUAGUUUUAGCAAAUCAAUUUAUGUUAAAUAUGAUGGGGUGGAGAGGCAACUGGCUAAUCUUUUAGCUUUUGGGGAAAAUGUCCCAAAAUCUGUUAAUUUUUGGUGGAAACUAUUGUGGAAACAUUUUUAAAGGAUCAGCUGCUAUGCAGUGAAGUGUAAAAUCACUGAGGAGCUCACAAAAAAUGAGCAGCUGUUGUGUAGGCCUCAGCUUCUGUCUUUGUUUCUAGUAUCAUUUAUCAUCACCGUUACUACAGGCAAUGUGUACACCAUGAUUUCAGUUUUAGACUUUUACUAGUGUAGAUUUACUGUUUUGCAAGAGCAUGUCAUUGUCUUCUUGGAGAUGACUUUCAGGAAGAUGAGCUUUUUGCAAAUAAGUCAUUUAAAAUUAUUCAUGAUGUUGCUUGCCUAAAAGUGGAGCUGAACAGCCUGUGAGGUCAACAGUUUUCACUUAUAAAAUGUUUGUUGAAUGGUUCAUCCUGAAAUAUGAUUCAGAGUGCCUGAAGGUACUGCUGUAAGAUGAGUCACAGACAGGGAAAAACAAGGCAGAGCUAGAACCUGAUUAAAAAGAAGAAGGAAUUGGCAGAGUAAGAAUUAUCACACUUGUAUCCAGUGAUGUUAGCUGCUAUUUAUAGUUGAUUUGUAUAGUCUUUUUAUCUUUGAUUACAGUUUGAAUACUAAAUCCAGGUUUUGGUAGAGCUCGACAUUGCACAUGUAUUUAAUGGUCAAACGCUGUUUAACUGUAAAUGUUGUAUGUUGAGUUUUGUGAAACAAGUUCAGAAGGGUCCUUCAGUGCUAGAGUUUUUCUCUUAAGCAGACAGUUGAUGUAUGUUUAACAAGCAUCAAGCUCACAAGCACUCAACAGUUCCAAAAUGUAUUUACCAUGCUGUAAGUUUCCUGUUAACUACAAUGGAUU